AUGGUACUGGAUAGGUUCUAUAUUCUUUUCCUGUGCGUUGGACUAAUAGUCAGUGGAGGACUCAAUUCAUUGCUCACCAAGUUUCAAGAUAACCAAUGCGUGCGAAACUGCGAUGGAACUUCACCAACCUUAUUCAACCAGCCAAUUUUUCAGACUUUGCAAAUGUUUGUUGGUGAAAUGGCGGUGCUGGCGGUUUUUUUUAACCGUAAAAGCGCAGCUGAAUCUGUCGAUGCAGGCAUCAACAGUAAGCCAGUGGUGAAAGGGAAGCAAAACUUCAUUUUAGCAAUCCCUGCAGCGUGUGAUAUUAUUGCGUCAACACUGCUGAAUCUGGCAUUGGUCAUGAUCCCAGUUUCGAUUUACCAAAUGACCAGAGGUGCUAUUGUUUUCUUCGUGGCCCUCUUCAGUGUUGUAUUUUUGGGCCGUAAAGUCACACGUAUGGAAUGGACGUCGCUGGCUGUAAUUGUUUUGGGAGUUGCGGUUGUCGGAUACAGUGGCCAAAACAGCGGACUUCAGACGGACGAAACACCCUCAAAGCAAACCACAGAGUCCUUGUUGCUGGGCGUAUCUUUGAUUGUAUUGGGUCUAGUCUUCAUGGCGUUCCAAUUUAUAACCGAAGAACACAUUUUGACGCGGUGGCAAGUUGAACCCUUGGGCCUUGUGGGCUUCGAGGGUCUUUUCGGUUCGCUCAUUACGUUUAGCAGUCUGCUAUUCGGCCAUAUCGUUUACGGCCACAAAAGCAUCGAUUCGAUUUUCAACUUGAACCAGGCGUUCAAGGACACGGUCUCAAAUGGAAAUGUGCUUUUCUCAUCGCUGCUCAUUAUGAUCUCAAUCGCGUGUUUCAAUUGUUUUGGAACUUCGAUUACAAAGCAUGUGAGUGCUACUUCAAGAAGUACCGUGGACACUUGCAGGACUCUGCUUGUGUGGAUUGCGUCAUUGGCGCUAGGCUGGGAACCAUUCAAACUUUUGCAACUUCUCGGCUUCACUCUGUUGGUUUUCGGAACCCUAGUCUUUAAUGGCGCCAUUGAGAUUCCAGAAAAGUAUCUACCACAGUACCUUCUACAAGACAAAAACGCUGAAUACAAAAGACUAAUCGAUACAGUGGAUGAGGAAGUGGAAAGGUUUUAA